AUGAACCUACGCGAUCCACAAGCCCAAGCUCAGGCACAAACUCUAGAAGCCCAGACCCAGGCCCAGUUACAGCCACCACAACCACAAACAGAAGACAACGAAGAAGCGUUACUGGACUCUGCCUCCAGUACAACAUCACCCAGGUCUACAUCCUCCAACGAACCUUCUCUCAAUACACAGCUACAAACCCCCGAGACGCCUGCUUCUUUAUCGCUCCAGGAACAACAACGACAACGGCAGCCGUCGUCCGUUCCGUCCUCACACCUCAACCUCCCUGUUCGCGCUAAGAGCAGGGAUCGCUUACCAUCGCGACAUACCGAAUCGGGACAGCAAGCUGCUUCUGCUGCUGCUGAAGCACAAGCUGCUGCUGCCACCGCACGCGCAGUCCAGGCACAACACCAGCAUAUCCAAUUGCAAAACCUGCUAUAUCUCGGUAGCCCAAUGAACGGUAUCAACGGUACUGGCGCCGCCAUGCAGGCCCCCGGUGUCAAUGCUGGUGCUGCCAUGGCCGUUGGCCCUACGCCCGCUGGCCACCAAGCUGAACUCAACGUAAUUUACACUUUGGUUGAAGAGCUGUCAAGACAAUUGGCAGAAAACAGACGGCAGACGGAGGAGAUUGUCAGUGGAAUCGGCAGGGUACGAAACCGGGCACGCGAGCGGGCGCUGGGGAACGAUGAGGUGCUAGGAGAAGCUGCCGAUGAGAUCUAUGGACAAGAAGAUAAUAUCGAAACUCUCAUCUCUGCCCUGACCGAAUCGCUAGACCGCGCAAAGAACAGUCGCGACGCCAACUUUGCUCUCGUGACGGCUUAUGCCCGCGUACUUUCCAACCUUCUCAACCAAUUCCACGCCUACAAGGCAAAACACACCGCAGACGUCAGCGCAUGGCAUCGAUCGUACCGUUCUCAAUUGGCUGAGGCCCGCGCCGAGAACUCUAGAUUACGUGAACAAAUAUGGGAAAUGCAGGAUCACGCUGGUCGCGCGAACAAGAUGCUACGCGAAUUCCGCAAAAAGUACGACGAGAACGAGGCGCGUAUGGAUCGACGUGUUGAGGAGAAGGCCAAAAAGCAGGAGAUACGGUUCUGGAAGCGGCUGGCCAUGCCCGAGGUUGACGACAACGACGAGAAUGCAUGGAGCGACGAUGACGAUAUUGUCGACCCUGUCGAAAAGGAGAGGUUGAAAGAGGUGGAACGAAAGACUGCUGAACAAGCAUUGGCCGGCUUGGGUAGCGGUGACAGUCAGCAUAGCGAGGACAGCGAAGGAGAAGACAGCGACCCGGAUCAUCCAGGGAUGGGCAUCAUCGGUGGAGUGGCAAUGGAACGUGACGGCAGCUUGCCCGCUCCUCCUCCUAGGCCCGCAAGUACCGGUAGUACUGGAGGUCAAGCCGGUUGA